AUGCCAUCAACAAUCUACGAGCCUGUGAAGCGCUUCACUACGCGUCUUCCUAAACCAGCGAUUGUAAAACUGGCUUUACCUUUGGAUGAAGCAACAAAGAGAAAGAUAGAAACGAGCCGUGAUGCCAUUCGCGGUCUUAUGUCCUAUCAAACGUCCGAUGACCGCUUGAUGGUAAUUGUCGGACCGUGCAGCAUUCAUGAUACCAAUGCCGCUCUCGAGUAUGCCUCCCUACUUAGCAAGGCGGCCGAGCGGUUCCAACGUGAGCUCGUCAUAGUCAUGCGUGUUUACAUAGAGAAGCCAAGGUCGACUGUUGGCUGGAAAGGGCUGAUCCAUGAUCCUGAUCAUGCUCAGGAUGUUGGAAAUCCACAAAGCAGCACCCCCGACCUCUGUAAGGGUGUGUUUACAGCACGCAAGGUUAUGCUUGAAGUCGCACAGAAAGGUCUUCCUGUUGCCACGGAGCUUUUAAAUCCACUUCUUGUGUAUUUCCUUGAUGAUGUUGUAUCCCUCGGUGUUAUUGGCGCUCGUACUACAGAGAGUCAGACUCACCGCGAGAUGGCUAGUGACAUGCCCAUGCCAAUGGGCAUUAAGAAUGGCACUGACGGGGGGCUCAAGGUCGCUAUUGAUGCCAUGAAAGCAGCAUCUCGAUCUCACACCGUAGUGAGUAUCGAUGAAGAUGCAUCCCUGGCAUUUCAUAUGAGCCGGGGAAAUCCUGAUACAUUUGCCAUACUCCGAGGAGGCAGCCAGGGCCCCAACUUUAGCCCUGAGCACAUCAAAGCUGCUGAGGCUGAACUACUCCGUGCUGGGAAAAAGCCCGCUAUCGUGGUUGACUGCAGUCAUGGUAACUCAUCGAAAGAUUAUCGUAAUCAAGGGGCUGUUGCUGCUUGCUUGGCCGAUCAGAUUGCUGUUGGUGCCCCUAUUAUGGGGGUUAUGAUAGAAAGUAACAUCAAUGAAGGCCGUCAAGAUGUCCCCGAAAAAGGAUCUAAAGAAUGCCUGAAAUACGGUGUCAGUAUAACAGAUGGCUGUGUAGGAUGGCUUGAAACGGAGUCUAUUCUUGAACGUCUUGCCGCUGCUGUUCGUCAGAGACAAGAGGCCUCCGCUACAUCCUCCCCAGUCGGGGAGUCGAUUGUUACCAUGAUUUCUGGGCAGCCUUACGAAGCAAAACUUGCAGUGCAAGAACAUGCGGUAGAAGUUUUGGUUUGA